AUUUACGACCCGGACGAGAACCUGAACCGUUCGUUGGUAGUACCGUGUACCGUAGGCACUACUUGCGGCACUAUUUGUACUCAGCUCGGCCUGGCCGUCGACGACCUGCACAUUCAGUUCGGCGGUGACCUGCUUCGCCGUUUGACCGCCGACAGUCAGCCCCUGAAAAUACAGAAUUCCUUCCUGGCCAGCAUCGGCUUCGACGCCCCUAGACAGCAGGAUCUCGGAGAUUCCGUGGAUCUUCGGUGGUUGAUAAGGUUCUACGCUGGUAAGUAG